ACCUGAAAAAAAAUUGCGGUUAACAUCGCAUGUGUAAAGAAUCGAAAGAUAACCUUAAUAAUUUCGUUAGUGUUUUGAAAAUAAUUCAGAUAAAGUUAUGUUUAAAACAGAUAUUUUUAAAUAAUAAUGUCGUCCAGUAAAGCUUUUGCGCCCUGUAGGGCUCUAGGAUUCGUUAGUAACCACAUACCAUUACAAGUGAGAUAUAUCAGGAGCAGACAAGAAAACUUAAUAGUGACCUGUGUUGGAAAAUCUUUUCAUACUUACGGAAUUUCACAUUUUAGUUUACUGAGUGUCAAUGGUUUGCAUCCUCAAGAUAUAGAAUGCAUGGCAGCAGAUUCUUACCAUGUAUAUACCGGUGCAGGACCUAAUAUUUACGCUUGGAGAAGAGGAACAGAAUUAAAACAUACCUACAAGGGACAUGAACAUAAUGUUAAAUUGUUGCUUCCAUUUGGAAUUCACCUUAUUUCUGUGGAUGAAGAAAAUAAUUUAAAAGUGUGGGAUAUUAAGGAAGAAAGUGUUUAUUUAGAACUUAGUUUUGAAAAGGAAAAUUUUUCUAUAACUACACUUUUCCAUCCUAAUACUUAUGUAAACAAGAUAUUGUUAGGCAGCGAGCAAGGUGAACUACAUCUAUGGAAUAUAAACAAAUCAAGACUGAUUUAUGUAUUCAGGGGUUGGGACAGUCCAGUUACUUGUAUUGCCCAAGCACCAGCCGUUAAUGUUGCAGCCAUUGGUUUGAAAAAUGGGGAUAUUGUUGUGCACAACCUAGAAUGCGACAUGACUAUCAUGAAAUUUACCCAGGAAUGGGGUUCUGUUUCAUCGAUAUCUUUCAGAUGGGAUGAUAAGCCUAUUAUGGCUUCGGCAAGUGAAUCCGGUCAUAUCGUUUUAUGGGAUUUGGAAAAGAGGAGAGUUGCAAGUCAGGUUCUUAAAGCACACGAAGCAUCUGUAACUGGUAUGGUUUGUUUGCAAAGUGAACCACUUAUGUUAACUUCAUCACCUGAUAAUAGAUUAAAAUUGUGGAUUUUUGAUAUGCCGGAUGAUGGACCUAGAUUGCUUAGGAUCAGAGAAGGUCAUUCUGCUCCUCCAUCGUACAUUAGAUUUCACGACCCACAUGGUCAUAAUAUUUUAAGUGCAGCCAGUGAUUCAACAUUGAGAAUUUUCAAUACUAGAACAGAACAAUUCAACAAAAGUUUAGGAAAAGCUUCUUACAACAGAAAAGCCAGUAAGAAGAAGAAGGGUACUGUAGAAGAUACCCUUAUAAUGCCCCCAAUUGUACAAUUUACUUCUGAAACAACCAGAGAAAAAGACUGGGACAACAUUGCCUCAAUACAUUUGGGAUUAUCCAUGGUUACGACUUGGUCCUACAAUAAUCUGAAAAUGGGAGAAUUGAAAUUACUUCCAGAACGAUUCUACAAAAAAAAUUACAAAGGAACGAUAGACAGUGUUGCUACUUGCCUGUGUAUGACAAGAUGUGGAAAUUUUGUUCUUAUUGGCUACAAUACUGGACAUGUUGACAGAUUUAAUAUUCAGUCUGGAAUCUGGCAAGAACAUUACGGUGAAAAGUAUGCUCAUGAGUGUCCUGUUAGAGGUGUUGCAGUAGAUCAGUUGAAUCAAGUUACAGUAACAGGAUCUAUGCGAGGUGAAGUCAGCUUUUGGAGGUUUAAGUGUAAAGGUUCACAGCCUCUGAAAACGCUAGACUUGGAAGAUUCCAUCAACUUCUUCAGAAUAAACCACGAGAGCUCAUUAUUGGCGAUUGCAAUGGAAGAUUUCAGCAUAUGUAUUAUAGAUGUGGAUAUUAAGAGACUCAUAAGAAAGCUGGAAGGCCACAUUGGUAAAAUCACAGAUGCAACUUUCAGUCCUGACUCUAGAUGGCUUAUAACCUCAUCCAUGGAUUCUUCGAUAAAGAUCUGGGACAUCCCGUCAUCUACUUUGGUUGACCAAUUUGCAACUCACUCUCCUUGUGUGUCUCUAGACAUGUCGCCAACCGGUGAAACAUUAGCGACAAGCCACAUCGAUUACUUGGGCAUGUUCUUGUGGUCUAACAGAACCCUUUAUUCAAGGAUAACUUUGACAGCUAUAGAUCCGACACAAAAAGCACAAUUGGUUACUUUACCGGAAUGUGCACAAGAAGUAACCCAAGAAGAAGCUCCUAUAGAAGAGGACGAUUUCGAAUUCAAGUCGAAGGAUCAAAUAAGUCAAGACUUGAUUACCCUGUCCGGUCUAUCAACGUCUUUGUGGUUGAACCUGCUGGAUAUAGAACUGAUAAAACAGAGGAACAAGCCGAUACAGCCACCGAAGACGCCAAAAGCAGCACCGUUUUUCUUGCCAACAGUAGCCGGUUUGGAAUUGAAGUUCGAUGUGGCUACCCAAAAAGAAGAGCAGGUGAAAACCAAAUUGAUCUGUCCGAAGAACUUCCAGAAUUACACGGAGUUUGGACAUUUAUUACAAAAAACGGUAAAAAGCAACGACUUUAGUCCAAUUGUGGAAAAGUUGAAAUCUUAUGGACCCACUAAGAUCGACUUCGAAAUAAGGUCUUUGGAUGGAGACAGCGGUGGUUCAGUUGACAUUAUGGUGCAGUUCUUGAAAACUAUAGAGUGGAUGUUUAACUCUAAAGCGAACUAUGAAUUAGCAUCGGCUUAUUUUGCAGUUUUUAUUAAGUGUCAUACAGAAAUCAUUGCUAAUGAUAGUAGGUUAAGUGAAUUGUUUAAAAUAGUAGAAAAGAAGCAAACUGAAUGCUGGGAUGCAUUACAAGACAGUUUACUGUCUAUCUUAGCUCAUUUUGACUUUUUACAUUCUGUAUAGUAUAUAAAUAAUUUUUUUAAAAACCACUAAAAUUUUUAUUUACCCACAUAAUUUGAAUGUAAGCAUUUCUUCAAAUUUCCUUAUUAUGCAGUUCUCACGAAUUUUGUGACUAAAUCUCAAUUUUUUUGGGUGAGUAUUUGUUCAAUUAUUUAGAACACGAAAUUUUAUGCCUGUCAAACUCAAUCAUUUAAGACGAUUUUCUGGCAAAGCACACUUUCGAUUUAAUACUAUUUUCGCUGAACUAUUGAAUUAAGAAAUCUUCAAGGUCACAGGUCAAAAAUAUUUAGGUGGAGGACAAAUGUGAUUUGAAUUGAAACAAAUGGAGACAUUUAAAUAUACAUGUUUUAUUUGAAAAUUAAAUAUAAUAAAACUUUUGAGACAAAGCUUAUGUUACAUCAUAUUAUAUCAGUUAUAUAGAAAGAGUUACAAAGAUUGAAAUAAGAAAACUUAAUAGAAGAGUACACAAUGUACACCUAAUUUCAGCUUCAUUUCAGAGAAACUACCCCGAAACACCUACAAAUUCUCAAACUAGCACCACAAUUAUAUACAUACAACUGUUUUUGUUAUUCCAAUCAAAUCAAGUUAUAUUUAAUUUUUUUUUAUGGAAAACGGGGUUAACUCUCAUGAAAUUAUUAUUUUAUUUUCAAAGAUAUUUCAACCAAAACUAUGGAAAACUGUACACAGAAAACAAUAUUGAUUAAAUAUUUAUUUAGUAUGAAUUUCCAUUAACUACCUCUUACAACUUUUCUGCUGAAGCUAAAUUAUUAUUAGUGGAAAAUGCUAUUCCAACUUUUCAAAAGACCAGAAAAAAAGAACCAAAUUAUUUUACUGUAUGUAGCUCAAAAAGGAAUAACACGUCUGAACAAAAUGAAACUAAUUUCUUGUUCUCCAUUAAAAUCACAUGCUUCAAGCAUAAAUUUUGCUUUGAAUAUUUUAAUAUAAACACUAUCUAAUUAUAGAGCCUAUUACAUACCAAAAAUAUAAAUAUGAACUUAAACAAAAUAUAAACAAAACAGUAUGUAAAAAAUCUCGAAAACUGAUGUGCAACAAGUACUCGAGAACUUUAGAUGCUGGUUGCUUCUCAGCAACAUUUAUAUCAAGAA